AUGUCAUCAGAUGGCCAGGGAAUGUCAACUAUGGAUGUCACGAUGACAGAAGAGACAAAUAAAAUAGGAAACAUGAUCAAAAACAACGAGAUGACAGAUUCUGACGUCCCCAAAGUGCAGCCGAAGGUUCAGAAUUUUGAGAUGCCUGCCUUCGUCGCUCCGGAUAUGGUUUUUUAUGAACCAAUUUCAUCUGUGAGAAUAUUCAAAAAACCUGCCAAACGUGGAGUCGGACGUCCGCCAAUAUUUGAUAAUCCCAAUCCUGAAGAUCGUAAAACUCGGGAAUUUGAAUUGCUGAAUCGGAUGUUUACUGGAAAACUUAUAGAAGAUUCUGAACCAUCCACGUCAUCAGCCACGUCAUCUAAAAGGAUUCGGAAGCCAUCGAAAAACGUGGAGAAGGAUUCUGAAUGCUCGAUUUCAUCUAAAGAAGUCCUGAAGCGUCCAGGAGUCAUUUCGAACGAUUAUGAAGCUUCAAAGUCCUACAGGAAGAUAUUUGUGAGCUCAGAAGACUUUCCGGCUCCUUUCACGUUAUCUGAAAGGAUUCUGAAGAAGCCGGAAAUCAAGAUGACGUCUUCAAAUUCAUUUUCAACGACGUCAAAGGAUCCAGAAGCUACCGAAAGGCUCCAGAAGGCUCAAAUAGUUAAUGUGACGUCUUCAAUGACUCCAGAAGUCAAGAUGACAUCUUCAAAGUUUCCAGAAGUCAAGAUGACGUCUUCAAAGCCUCCAAAACCCAUCAGUCACAAUUCUUAUACAUUUUCAACGGCGUCUGAAGGUCCAGAAGCCACGAAAAGGAUUCUGAAGGCUCCAAAAGUCACUACGCUGCCUUCAACUUCAUUUUCUCCGACGCCAGUGGAUCCAGAAGCCUCUGAAAAAAUUCGGAACCUCAUCGACGAAGUCGUCGAGAGUCUAAGACCUCCUGAAGCCAACAACGAAGAAAACAUUCUGGAAACUAUUGAAAAGGUGGUCCAACGGCUAAUGUUCCACGACGAGAUGUCUGAUGGAUCGGAAGACGAGCCGAUGGAUUCUGAAAAGGAAAAACGGAUUCUGGAGACAAUUGAUGACGUCAUCAUGGGAGAAAUACGUCCAGAACCAAGAUCGGAGAAACUUAUUCGAGUGCUAGAAGGCGAUACAACGAACUUGACGGUCCAGAAAGAUGUCGUAGAAGAUUCUGAAGCUUCAACGUCUUCUAAGAAGGUUCCAAAAGCUUCAACGUCUUCUAGAGAGGUUCAAGAAGAUCCAACACCUCCCAGAAGAAGACUGAAAUCUCCUCCACCUCCCAUUUUAGCCGAUGCCGACGAUGAGUAUGACUCCAAGUCUACGAAUUCAGAAUCCGAAGGCUGUCAGAAGGAUUCUGAAGGCACUUCUAGAGAUGACAACGAUGAAGAAAUGCCUUCCCAAGAUUCCGACCCGGAAUUCGAUGAAAUGUUUGAAAAAUCAGAAGCCCAACGUCGUCAGAAUGCUGAUGACGUUCGGAAGGAGCAGACAAUUCUGAAGGAGGAUGGAGGGCUGGAACGUCUUCUGGAGGAGGAUCGACGACGGCUUCUGGAGGCUUCAGAAGCUCCAGAAGCUCCGAAGGUUCCACUGAAGUCGAUUUUGAAGAACCCAGAGCAUCAGAAUUUGAAUAGACCGCGAAUCCUAACUUUUGACAAGGAUAUACAAGAGGUAAGGAAGAUUUUAGAAGUUCAGAAAUUCGGAAAUUUUCAGAAUCCACGGGGAGACCAGGCUCCAAAAUUUAAGGAUCGUCAUCAAUAUCGACAUUUAGCCACCAAUUACGACGGUGAUAACGAAUCCGAAAAUAAGAAUCAAAAAAUUUCGAUAUACACAGAAAGUAAAAUAAGAAAAACCAAUCCAGAAUCAUUGGAAUAUGAAGAGACACCCCACGGCUUCAAAGUUCAAAAGUAUCAAAAAGAGGCCAGAAAGCACCAGAGGAGGAAAUACAGAGGAUAUAUUCAGAAGUAUAGGAAACAAGAUUCUAGAGAUCCACGUCAUCAAGAAGCUUCAUCAGAAAGUGAUGAGGAGGCUAUGGAAGUCGACGAUCAGGAUUCAGAAGUUUCACGUCAUCAGAAACCUGUUCCAGAAGCCUCAAAGAUGGAUUCUGAAGUUCCACAUCAUCUGAUUCCUAAAUUUUCGGAUCCCGAAAUCCCUGAAGUAGAUCCAGAAGACGUGCUUGACUGGACCGACGUCUUCAACUCCAAAACCGAGAAUCCACCGAGUGACGAUGACCUAGAAGCCCCUCCGACGUCUCCAGAGCGUCCUCCAGAGACCAGAAUCCAAGAAAGCAGGCGUCUCCAAUCAGAAUACAUGGAGCACAAAAAGAAGACGUCAGAGGAGCACCGUCAGAAUUCAGAACAACUCAAACGGCUUCAGAAUCCCAUUGCGGAUGAUGUGGUUCAGUCUAGAUGGACGUUGAUUGCUCAAGCUUAUCGGGAGACCAGAGAUGAGGAAGUGGAAAUGGGGAUUCGGAGCAAAAAGAGCAAGAAGGAAAUGCGAAAAUUGCUCAGCUAUGACAAAGAGGAAAAUGAAAAAUGGAGAAAGGAGCGGCAGGAAUUUCUGGCGGAAGGGCAAAAAAUUCUAGAGAAAAUGCUGAAAAUUCUAAGAAAAACCGAAUUUCGAAGCGAUGAAGAGAACGAGGACAAACAGAAGAGAUGUCAGAAAAUCCGGAAACAAAUCAAGGCUUUAAAAUCUUCUCAUAAAUAUUAUAUGUACAAAUUGGCAAGUCUCCCUAAAAAUAAGAUACCGUACCCCCCGAAAUAUUCAUAUUGGGAGCGGGAUUUUCAUAAAUAUUUGGACAAAUAUUGGGAGAAUAAAACGGCUGGAAAUUUGGAAGAGAUGGAGAGAAUGAAGAGGAAAAUGGAGAGAAAAAAACCGGAGGAAUGGAAGAAGGAUUUGGAGGCAACCAUCCAACUCUCCACGAGCUUAAAAUCAUCAGUCUCUAUCCCAAGCCAUAUGGGGGAUCCUCUUGGUUUGUGGGACAUUUUGAAGGAAUGGAAGAAAGAAGAAUCAGUCGAUAAGAUACAUUCGCCGGAUACUGACUCGAAAGUUCUGGAAGAUAUCGAUGAGUCCGAUGGUCCACCAAACAGCAACAAACCUCAUAUGAUGGAUCGGAAUGAGCAAUUGGAUCCAAAGAAUCAGAAGGUCUUGCUUCAGGAAUGUGACCGCAGUAUCGAGAUCCGGAACCUUGGAAUUCCUGAUGUUCCUUCUGAAGAUUUGGCAACUCCAGCUACACAGUCACCCACCGGAGAAACAACAUCUUCAUUCCAGAUUAACGGAUGA